GUUCAGCUCCUCCCCUCCGCUGGCCAGUCCCUCACCCAAGCUUUCUCCCCUCAGCUGCCAGGAGCCCCCACCUCCUUAUUUUCCAUCAGAGGUUUUCUGUAGCUGCCUCCCCCCACCCCCCGCCCCCAGGUUGCCCUCCCCCAGCUCCUCUCCUCCUGCACUGGCUGCCCUCUAAGCCACAGCCUCUAGCUCCCUGGGCAGCCCCCACAGCCCACAGGCCUGGAGCCUGCUUCACUUGCAUCCAUGACACCCCUUGCCUGCAGCACUACCCCCAAGUGACUGUCCUGCCCCCAGCUACACUCCUCUCUGGACCUCUGCCAUGCCUUCUCCCGGCUUCCCACCUGGUGCAAGAUGGCCCCUCUGUGCACUCACGGCUCCCUACAAGCUUAGUCCCCACCCAUGGCCACUCCACCUUCCCUUCUCUCCCCCUCUCAUCUCUCUUGAGCUUUGCUUUGGCCCUGACUGUUCCCUGACUUCACAGCGCAUCAUGGCAGAGACCCCCGCUCCCAUGGCCAGGCCUGGGAAGCCCGGUGCUGGGGAGGCCCAGGAGGAGAAGGAAGUGGAGGAGGGGAGCGCCGGGAGGCCAAGGGCAGAGAUGCUAGAGCAGGCCCAGGAAUUGUUUCUGCUCUGUGACAAGGACGCCAAGGGCUUCAUCACUCGGCAUGACCUGCAGGGUCUGCAGAGCGACCUGCCCCUCACACCUGAACAGCUAGAGGCUGUGUUCGAAAGCCUGGAUCAGGCCCACACAGGCUUCCUCACCGCCUGGGAGUUCUGCCUCGGCCUGGGGAAGUUUGUGGGGGUGGAGUCAGCCCAGGGUGCACUGCCCUCCCAGGCUCCAGAGGAAACCUUUGAGUCAGGCUGGUCAGAUGUGCAAGGCACUGAGGACUCCCUGGAGGAAGAGGAGGAGGAGAGAUUCUGCGAAGUGCUGGAGCAGCUGGGGGUGGCCCCAGCCCUCGGCGAGCAGCCAGCGGUGCGGACGCUCUGGACCCGGCUGCAGCGCGAGCGACCCGAGCUGCUGGGCUCCUUCGAGGACAUUCUGAUGCGCGCGUCGGCCUGCCUGGAGGAGGCGGCCCGAGAGCGGGACAGCCUGGAGCAGGCGCUGCGGCGGCGGGAGAGCGAGCACGAGAGGGAGGUGCGGUGUCUGUACGAGGAGAUGGAGCAGCGGCUUCGCGAGCAGCGCCAGCGUCUGCGGAGUCAGGACCUCCCCCGGGAGGAGGGCAGAGGCCUCCUGGAGCUGGAGCUGCAGAGCCGCGAGCAGGAACUGGAGCGCGCGGGCCUGCGACAGCGGGAGUUGGAACAGCAGCUGCAGACCCGGGCCAGCGAGCAGCGGGAGGCGCAGGCGCAGAGCGCCCAGCUGUGGCUAGCCAACGAGGCGCUGAGAACUCAGCUGGAGGGGGCGCAGGAGCAGCUCCGGAGACUGAAGGGCGAUGUGCAGGGCCGCCGGGAGCAAACCCUACGAGAGGUGGCCACAGUCUCGAGGAACAUGCAAAAAGAGAAGCUCAGCCUCCUGCGACAACUGGAGCUCCUCAGGGAGCUGAACACGCGGCUACGGGACCAGAGGGACGCCUGUGAGGCCAAGUGGCUGGGCAGUGGUCGAAGGAAAGCUCUGGCCGUGGCGCGCUUGCCGGGGCCCACCUGUUGCUGCUGCUGCAGCUGGGCUCGCCCUCCGAGACGUGGCUCUGGCCACCUUCCCAGUGCCCGCUGACCAUCCCCAAGAGACUCCCUGGGCGUUACUCGGAGAAGCUGCCCCUUGAAGGUGGUGCGUCGUGGCUAGGGGCUGCCCAUCCAGGAUGUGGGCUCUAUUUAGUGGACUGUCUGACCUGCCUGCAUGCAGAUAUGAAGGAACUAACUUAGGACUGGUCAGUCUCCUGUGCCUCCCUGCUGGUCCUCAUGCUGUCCCCAUCCCAUCAAACCCAUCUCUGACCAGCAGAAAAACGCCCUCCUCCUAAUAAAGUCCACGACUGCACUGUGACCUCCUUGGCCUAUGUGGGCGGGAGCCACACUACACACAUGGGGUGUCCAUGGUACACUCAAGGCAAGUGUGUAGCACAGAUGCAGGGCCCUGUGGUGCUGGGGCUGCAGAUGUCCCCGCAUGUCUCUGGUCACGCCUUCAAGACCUCGCUGUCCAUUAAAGCUGAAGCCCCAAGGGGCCCCUCUGUGGGAACAAGGGAACUGAGGCCCAUUGUCUCACUAGGGAGCCUGCUCCUGGCCUCAGUUGACCACCCCCUCCCCAAACCAGCCCGCCCUGAGUGGGACCUCCAAAAGGGUCUGCAGCCACUGCUCACGCCCCUCCCUCCACCCUCCCUGGGAAGCUGGGAGCUGUUGGCCAGAAUCAUGAACCCUGGGCAAGGAGCUGGGGACGAGUGCUGCCCACUGUCCAUGGAGAACUAUUCCAAAUGACUGCAGAUUCUGACCAACCCUGCCUGGGUCUGGGCAUGAGCCUGGUGGGUUGGGAGUCCCCUCCCCCUCCUCACUCCCACUGUCGGUUUCCCAGUCUCCCAGGUCAGCAGGCUCUGCCCUGUUUCCCUCACUCCUUUCCACCCCUCCCAGGACCGAUGCCUUCCAGACUGAACUGUCUCUGGCAGGGACCCCAGGCCUCCGCUCCAGGCUGUCCUCCAUAGUGCACCCAAAGAGACCCCACUCUUGCAUCUGAUCACACCUCCAGAUCCUCCCCCAAGGCCAGCAUCUGUUCUGCCGACCCUGCAGCCUCCGGUGGUCCCUGGGUUUCGAGGAGAGAACCAGAACCGGGGCUGGGCCUGGAGAAGGGCCGGGUCUUGGACACAGUCCGGAGCCCUGGCCGGGCUGGCCGCCGUCGCCACCCCCACCGCCCCCAGCCCAGCUCCUCCGUCUCCGAGGGUGUAAGUCCUUGGCUGGGCUACGGGCGCCCGCGGGCUGCAGCACGCCCGCCUGCGCAGUCCCGGGCGGACCCCCAGCCCAGCGCCGGCUGAGGCGCCCGCCGCGCCGCCGUUGCGUGCGGCGCACUGUUCGGACCUGCCCCGCGCCCGCCGCCGUGGGCGGGGCCUGCGGAUCGUAGGCGGAGCGCGUCGCCCUCGCAGGCCCCGAGCCCGCCGUGCAGUCUCAGCGCUCCGAGCCGCCCCCGCCCCCGCCCCCCCGCCCCCGCCCCCGUCGCCGCCCGGCGGGACUCGGACGCGUGGCCGGAUCACACUGUCCAGAAAUGUUUUCUGCCCUGCCCGCCCAAGCCCAGACCAGAAUACCGGGCCUGGCCUCUCCCCUCCCUGCCGCUGGGAGUUGACGCUGUCUACUCUGGAAGCCCAGCUCCGGAUCCGCUGCCAGGAGCGGCCACAAGGAAGGGUGACAGGAUCCUGCCUGUCCAGCGUGGGCCAGACCUGUAACCCGUCCCUGCCC